AUGAAGCCUCUGUGGAGCCUGCUGUACUGCGCCUCACUGCUGCUGUCUGAUGCUCGGGCCACAUACCACCUCAGUGCGGGGGACCCUCAGCUCAUAGCCGCACAGAGCUACGCACAGACCAGGAACAAUGGCCGACCCCCGACCAGGACCCUGAAUCCAGCAAAGACAGACUCUCAGUGCAGGAGCCGUCCCCUGGACCUGGUCUUCAUCAUUGACAGCUCUCGCAGCGUGCGUCCUGGUGAGUUUGAGAAGGUGAAAAUAUUCUUGGCUGACAUGGUCGACACGUUGGACGUGGGCACGGAUGCCACCAGAGUGGCUGUGGUCAACUACGCCAGCACGGUCAAGAUCGAGUUCCUGCUCAAAGACCACUUCAACAAACCCGACUUGAAGAAAGCUAUCACCCGCAUCGAGCCCUUGGCGGCUGGCACCAUGACCGGCCUCGCCAUCAAGACCGCAGUGAACGAGGCCUUCACCGAGCAGUCUGGAUCCAGGCCUCGCUCCAGGAAAAUCUCCAAGGUGGCCAUCAUCGUGACAGACGGGAGACCUCAGGACCAGGUGGAGGAAGUGUCUGCUGCAGCUCGGGCCUCAGGAAUCGAGAUCUACGCUGUCGGCGUGGACCGCGCUGAUAUGCGCUCCCUGCAGCAGAUGGCCAGCAUCCCUCUGGAUGACCACGUCUUCUAUGUGGAGACCUAUGGUGUUAUUGAGAAGCUCACCUCCAAGUUCAGGGAGACCCUGUGCGGUCUGGACCCCUGUGCCAUGGGACAUGACUGCGAACACAUAUGUGUCAACACCAAUGCCUCCUAUUACUGCAAGUGCCGGAAUGGUUAUAUCUUGAAUGCCGACAAGAAAACAUGCUCCCUGAAACAGGUGAAGGUGGAGGUGGUGCAGGUGGAUCCCUGUAAAUGUGAAGCCAGACUGGCUUUCCAAAAGCAGACGCAGGCCGCCAUUCAGCAGCUGACAGCCAAGCUAGCCGACGUGUCUGGGCGAAUAGAGCGUCUGGAGAACAUGGUGGGCCGUGUUUAA